AUGGACCUUUCGUAUGAUGCUGUAUACAGAAUGUAUUUGAUAGGAGAGUUUGAAAUGCCAAAAAGUAAUAUUAGCCUGUGUUUAGUUGAAAAUGUGUUAAAUGAAGUAGAAAAUCCGAAGGUUAACAGAAUGUUAGAUAGGAUGACAAGAAAGCAAAACCGUAUAGGUGAGCUGAUACAAGAAAAAUUUGCCUUACAGUUACUCUAUCAGCGAAAUGCCCACCACCUACAGCGAAGCAGAGGAGAUAUAGCAAAUAUAAAUGAUAAUGCCCGGAUUGUAAAUAUAUUAGAUCGGGCUGUAAAAGGAGAAGCGCGACAAUGGUAUCAUAGAGAGUUUGAUAACAAAAACUGGGAGUUACAAAAUGUACUUGAUAAUUCAGCUAUAGGUGCUAAUAUUGGGACCAUUCGUGCUGCCAAUGCAGGGGCUAUAACAGGGGCGGCCAAUUCUUUUCCAAAUGUUCCAGCAGGCCUUGCAGGUGCGGAUAUUAUUCCAGCACGAGGUCUUUUAGAAGAUUGGUCAAUAGCAGGAGGACGACCAACUAAUGCAGUACCAGUUGCAGUAAAUGCUGGAGGUGGUAUUCCUGUUAUUCUUGCAGGAAUUCGGGCUGGACAAAGGUUAUUUCGAAUUAAAAAACAUUAUCCAACUGCCAAUAGAUAUGUAAGAAUGUUAGAAAUUGGAUCUUUAAAGCAAGGUGCACAUGAAAGUGUAGCAUCUUUCUGGGCGAAAAUUCAAAAGUAUGGAGACCAAUUAGGUUAUACUGAUGCACAGAAAAAAACCUAUUUCCUAUCAGGGGUUAGAGAAGAUAUUAGGGAGGAAGUAUAUAGGAUUGGUCAACAUAGGCCUAUUAAUGAUAUUCUUGAUAAUUUGGCAGAACUUGAAUUACGCCGAGGGGUUUUAGGUCCGCCACCAUCGUAUCUUAAUUAUACACCAACUCCUCCUAUUAAUUCUAAUAUUGCUCCUCAACAGCAAGGGAUUUCCUUGGCAGAUAUACAAAAAAUAAUUCAAGAAGCACAGGCACAGCAAAAAACCGAAAACCAAGUAUUAGUAAAGAAAAUUACUGAAUUAGAAUCUCAAAUGACACAACAACAAGCACAAGUAUCUAUCCCGCAAACUGUUGGACCGGUUAGACAGCCGAAAGGCCCACCAACUUCAUUGAAAACAGAGGAAGGCCUUAAGAAUUAUUAUGUAGCCGAAUACUUAAAAGAAGUAGGUUUACUUAAUAAGGAAGAUUUAGAUUCAGAUUAUCCUGUAAAAAAUUUUCAAAGAUCUCGUCCUCAACGAAACAAUAAUUCUGCUAGAUUUGAUAGGCUUGAGGAAGGACUUGAAGAAACUCGGAAUAGUGUAAAUCAGUUAGCUGAUCUAUUUCAGAAAAAAGCAUAUAUACAAAAAUGUGAAAUUUGUGGGGAAACUGUUCCUCCUGAUUCAGAUGGUGAGGAAAAUGAUGGGGAUGGUUAUGACAAAGUACCAGUAAAUGAAAAGUUGGCUGGUGAUAUUAAUGCAAUCUCAUCUAUAGAAUCUAGCCAGCCUGAAACAUAUGACGAGCUUUUGCCAAAGCUUUCACCAGAUAUGCGAAAAAUGUGUCGGUCUCAUACAGUUCAGAAAAAAGAAUCAGAUGAGUGGUUUUCAUCAUUACAAUACCUGAAUGCUAAAAUAGAUGAUUUAGCGAUCUCCAAUUCUUUUUUAGAUAGUGCAAGUGAGUUCGGAGGCGUAAAUGAUGCAACAAUUAAUGCCCUUGAGUGGAAAGCUGAUAAGCCAUCGGACUUUGCAAUAAAAGAAAACUCCAAACACAUUACCGAGUCAUUGGGGUGGUUUACGGAUGUACCAAUCAGUAUAAAGGAUAAGGAUGGUAAAACUGUCACAGCUACUGGAAAUUUUAUUCGUAUUGAUAAUGGAGAAUCCGAACCAAUGCUAUGUUUAGGUAUGACAUGGAUUAGGAAAGUUCAAGGUAUCCUUGACCCAAAUAAAAAUCAAUUCCGAAUGAAGUUACAUGGAAAAGCUUACAUUAUCCCAACUUUUAGCAAAGCUCCAGAAGUUGAAGAUCCGCCCAAAGAGAAGCAAGACCAAGCAUCUACCAACUCCUCUAACCCAACUAGUGAGGAGGACUUAAAAAAAA